CAAGGCGACCAUAUCUAUCCUUUGGUAAAUAAGCAAACAUGUUAACAUUCGAUUUGAUUACAUCAAAAAAUAGUUUGUUCAUUGCACAAAAAUUAUUUAAAACUAAAUUCACUUUUACUUUAAAUAAAUGAUUUAGUCUUGGGUAACACAUUGAUGCAUUAUUAUACGAUCGAGAAAAAAAUAAUUUAAUGACAAAUUCUGGUCCUGUGAUAAAAUUUUGUUCCUACAUAUUUAUCAUCAGUGUUGGUAGAAUUUUCAUAAUGACAAUGCUUCAAUAAAACCGAUAGAAUUUAUAAAUCAACCACAAGCAUUCAAGUAAAGCUUUAUUUAACUUGGACAUUUUGUGUUUAGCAUAAAAAAUUGAUAAUCGGAAAGACUCUGAUUUGUCAUAUUUAGUCCUGUGAAUAGUUCUUGUUGGUCGCGUGCGUGCCUCGACUAAAAGUAUGUACUUUAUUAUCAAAAUGAAAUGUCUGCCAUAAUGAAGAAUAACUACUACUCGUAUAUUUAAUAAACGGUUACAUGUUCGAUGAUUUCAGUUAUCGUCAAGUUGUUGACGACGUCAGAUUACUACCAACAGAAACUAAACUUCAAACCCUCGUAUCAAUGAAACCAAAAUUGAUGCUGUGUGUACAUUAAGCAAUAUAAAAUGGCAAAUGAAUUGAUAAAAUUUGUGUUGGCUUAUGUAGUCCUGCUAAUGUCAAACAAAGAAGUGAAUGGACAAAAUUUGGUCAAAUUCAUUUUGGUACAUGAUGUUGGUCAAGAUCAAUACGUCGAUAUUUUCACGCAAGCAUUAAAAACCAACGAUGUCAAUUCAGCAAACGCCGUCGAUUUGGUCGCGGUUGAACUCGAGGAAAACAACAAUGAGUUCGAUAAGAUGUGCAACGCGUUUGCCUCUGAUGGCACAUUCAUCAUCGACAUUUCCUGGUCUGGCUACGAGCCGAUAAAGGAAAUAUCAAAAGAGUUCAAUGUGCCAUAUCUCCGCUUGGACGUGUCUAUUAGUGCACAUUUGGAUCUACUGGAUAGAUAUUUGGAUGCCAGGAAUACUACUGACGUAGCGUUAAUAUUCGACAAUCCUUAUCAUGUGGACCAAACGUUGUAUUAUUGGAUAGAUACAACGCGUUUACGAAUGGUUGUCACGGAAAAACUCGACAGUGUAUCAUCAAAACGUCUGAAGGAAAUGCGUCCAACGCCGAACGCAUACACUCUGAUUACUACCACAGCCAAAAUGAACACGCUCUACAAUCAGGUCUCAACCGAUGGACUACUGAAACUUGCAGAACGAUGGAAUCUACUGAUAUUAGACUUCGAAUACGAUUCUUUGUAUCGAUUAGAUAUCAUUAAAAAUAUAAAUAUUCUGUAUUUGGAUAAAUCAGUAUGUUGCGGUUUGAAAGAAAUGCAGACUUGUGACUGCGCCACGGAAGAUGAUCUGUAUUCUGCGUUUAUUGAUGCGGUUUUGAGACGAUUAAUGCCUUUUAUUGAUGAAUUUGUCACUGAACCACAAACUGGAAAAAUCCGAUGCAAUGAAACUAAGUUUGAUCAAGCGAUUUAUGAAGACUUUUACAAACGUAUCGAUGGCGUGUUUGGAACUAUGGAAGAUGUUGUUAUUGAAGAGAAUGAAAUUUUACGAAUAAGGGCAAAGGGAGCCGUGGAAACCAUGGUCGAUACAGGAGAAUCUGAAGUGGUGGCUAAAUAUGUACAUGGCGAAGGGUUGGAGGUACUGAAACCCGAGUUGGUCAAACCGGUGAGAUUGUUUUUCCGAAUUGGUACCACAUACGCAUUACCUUGGAGUUACGAGGAAACAGAUCCAGUAACGGGUGUUAAAUAUUGGACUGGUUAUUGUAUUGAUUUUGCUCAUAAAUUAUCAGAAUUGAUGCACUUUGACUAUGAGCUUGUUAUACCAGAGAAAGGUACUUUUGGUGAAAAGGAUUUUUAUGGGAACUGGGAUGGUCUUGUUGGUGAUUUAGUUCGAGGGCAAACCGAUUUGGCAGUAGCUGCACUUACAAUGACAGCUGACCGCGAAGAAGUAAUCGAUUUCAUCGCACCAUACUACGAACAAGUUGGAAUUACAAUAGUAAUGAGGAAACCCGUGAGGAAAACAUCGCUUUUUAAGUUCAUGACCGUGUUAAAGCUGGAAGUAUGGCUGAGUAUUGUUGGCGCAUUAGUGGUCACCGGCUUCAUGGUAUGGUUCCUCGAUAAAUAUUCACCGUACAGCGCAAGAAAUAAUAAAAAAGCAUAUCCUUAUCCCACAAGGCAAUUUAAUCUGAAGGAAAGUUUCUGGUUUGCAUUAACUUCAUUUACACCCCAAGGUGGUGGUGAAGCACCGAAAGCCCUUUCAGGCCGAACUCUUGUUGCUGCAUAUUGGUUGUUUGUUGUUUUAAUGCUUGCAACAUUCACAGCUAACUUGGCUGCAUUUUUAACCGUGGAAAGAAUGCAAACGCCUGUCCAAUCUUUGGAACAAUUGGCCCGGCAGUCUCGAAUUAAUUACACGGUUGUAGAAAGUUCGGAGACACACAAAUACUUCAUUAACAUGAAGUACGCGGAGGAUACGUUGUACAAGAUGUGGAAGGAGUUGACAUUGAACGCAUCCACGGAUAACACGCAGUAUCGCGUUUGGGAUUAUCCGAUUCGUGAGCAGUACGGGCAAAUAUUAAUUGCUAUCAAUGAUUCGAUGCCUGUGCAAAACGCCGAGGAGGGUUUUGAUAAAGUGGAUGAGCGAUUGGAUGCAGACUUUGCAUUCAUUCAUGAUUCUGCUGAAGUGAAAUACGAGAUUUCGAAGAAUUGUAAUCUGACUGAAGUUGGAGAAGUGUUUGCUGAACGACCAUACGCUGUUGCUAUACAACAAGGAAGUCAUUUGCAAGAUACCAUUAGUAUUAUGAUUUUAGACCUUCAGAAAGAUCGAUUCUUUGAAUCUCUUCAAGCAAAAUAUUGGAAUCAUUCGAGAAAAGGAGAUUGCGCGUCGGCAGAUGACAACGAAGGCAUUACUCUUGAAAGUUUAGGUGGUGUGUUUAUUGCUACUCUCUUUGGAUUGGUGUUAGCCAUGUUGACCCUUGCUGGUGAAGUAUUUUACUACAAUCAAAAAAAGAAGAAGGAAGAUGCACUUGAAGUAAAACCAGUAAAAUCAAUCUCUGAGAAACCGAACAAAUUUACGAAACAGGAAGGUGGUACAGUCACAAUUGGAGAUUCAUUCAAACCUGUCAUGACUGAUAAGGACCGAAUGCGAGUGUCCCAUAUUGCGUUAUAUCCGCGCUCGAGAAAUCGCUUGCCGGUUAUUGAUUAAAACUUCUAAAAAUGUAAGGCAACAUUACAAAAGUUAGAAUCAUUAACAGAAAAGUUAGCUACCAGUACUUGAAAAUAGAGAUGAGAAAAUAGCACUUUUAUUGUUAAAGAUCUUGGUUGUAAAGGUUUAAGUUGUAGUUUUGUUAGAUACAGUUUGAGACGUUCAAUUAUUGCAAUUAAAAUAUUAGACGCUCAGAGCACGAUUGUUGGCAACCAACAUCACACAUUGAAAUAUUUUCAAUUACAUAUUAUUUAUUAUGUAUACAAGCAAUAAAUAAAUAAAUAAUUAAACCACA